GCCACAGUCCUAUGGGCGUGAAGAAGGCAACCACAAGGCAGGCGUUGCUCUGUCCUAAGCCUGGCCGCUUGCUUCUGAGAAAGCAUCUCCCAAAGCGGAAGAGAUUCUCAGGUUCCAAAGCUCCUCUGGUGACCAGGCCGUGGUGGUCGGAACUGCCGGGCUGGAUUGCGCUGCAUGCUGAGCGAGGACCCGUACGCAAAUGCUGGGAAGGUCAUCGCCUCGUUCUGGACAGCCAGGAUGGCCGACGGCACGGGUGGUGCAGCAGGUGCUUCCACCGACCCGCAGCUGGUGAGACUGUUCUUGUUUGCCAUUCGGGGCUUCUUUUCCUGUUGGCCGUCCAAGCCAUGUCCGUGCGGGCAGCAGUGGACUCACUGAGGCGAUUUGGUGGCGACCACGAUGCAAUGGAGGCUGGACCUCGCCGUGUGCGCAGCGCUCGCGCACUGCUUGCACUAGGCGCAGCAGGAGGCUUCCUUGCUGCAUGCCUGGCCGGAGUGCUGAUGAUGCUGGUCGGGAGUCACGUCAACCGAGGCCGGGCUGUUGAGAUGAUGUCGCCUGGAAGCGUGGUGUUGAGAUUGCCAGUGGUGCGAAAGUCGAUGCCCCAUCCCAUCUCAGGUCGGAGUCGACAGCAUGCCCACGACCGCUUUUGGAGAAGGUAUGCUCAUUUGGCUGCGAAGUCUCCAUUUCCGGUGGAGAUCGACAUCAAGAACGAGGACGAUGUGAUAUAUUUCGGUGUCGUUGGCUUGGGGACUCCAAUUCAAGCCUUCCGCGUGGUUUUCGACACAGGCUCAGCCAAUCUUUGGGUGCCGUCUUCUGAGUGCAUCAACUGUGACACGACGAAGCUUCAUCGAAAGUUUGAUGGUCCCAGAUCAUCCACCUAUGAGCACUCCAACUACAUUGUCAAGCUCACCUACGGUACAGGCUCGUGCAAAGGUUACCUGGCACGGGACCGACUGUACCUCGGGAACGUCACGGUGGAGCAGGUUCCCUUCGUCGAGGCGGUGCAAGUGAGCUCCCCUUUCCCCAACUCUGACUUCGAUGGUAUCUUCGGGCUUGCUCUUUCCGGUCUGGCAUCACCAUCUGGUGUGCAAAGUCCUCUGGAAAGCUUGUUCAGAACCCACGGCAAGCAGAUGAAAGACCAGGUGUUUUCGUUUCAGAUGCCCAGCGACCCUAUGAAGCCAGGACAGCUCCUGCUUGGCGAAGUACCUAUGCAGCGGUACCCGCAAGGGAUCCGGUGGCUGGAUGUGAUGGAGACUCCGGGUGCUUCAGGCCGCAGCCCCUACAGUUAUUGGGCGGUGAGCAUGGACAAGGUCUCGUUCGCGGGGAUGUCUCUCACUGGUCGCGUAGGCCUCGUAGAUUCGGGCACCAGCUGCUUGGUGCUGCCUGGCCGCGAUGCGGAGCGCUUCUACGAUGCCGUGCGCGAGGCCCAGUACAGUGACACGCGAUGCAGUGCGUUGCCACCCUUGACGCUGACACUGGGUGGUCAGGACUACACGCUGACUGGCGAGGACUACGGCUUCGAACAGCUGGGAGGCUGUCAGGUCUGUGUCCAGGCCCGUGACAAAGAGAGGACAUGGAUUCUUGGCGAUGUCUUCCACCGCAAGUUUGCUGUCACCUACGACUUCGGCUCGCGGCCGCCAAGGAUUGGGUUGCCUCCCGGACGCCGUCCCUGGAAAAGCAAGUCCCUGGUCGGUUUCGGGCUUUGCGGUGUCGUCGCAGCCGCAUUGGGUUUUCUCGUGGCAUCGGCGCACAUCAGGCAAUUGCGCUUCCAUCGAGGUGUAGCGGCGCAGGCCGCUACCUCCCACGAACUGUCGCAAAGGUAG